AUGCCUUGCUGUGAAUUAAUAACAAACAUUUCUAUCCCUGACGAUAAAGCUCAAGCUGCAUUAGCUGAAAUAGAAGAUGCAAUAUCUAAUGUUUUAGGAAAACCAACUGCAUAUAUUAUGAGCAACUAUGAUUAUCAAAAGAAUCUCCGAUUCUCUGGAAGCAAUGAAGGAUAUUGCUUUGUUAGAUUAACUAGUAUUGGUGGAAUAAAUAGAUCAAAUAAUUCUUCAUUGGCAGAUAAAAUUACAAAACUUCUUGCCAAUCAUUUAGGUGUUAAGCCAAGAAGAGUUUAUAUAGAAUUCAGAGAUUGUUCAGCUCAAAACUUUGCCUUUAGUGGUUCCCUAUUUGGCUAA